UAAUGCAGCAUUCUUUUGGACACCACACCUAGGUCGGAGCACUGUCGUCCUUUAGGGCUCCAGCCUCUUGAUAUUUUUAUACUUCAGUAUCAGCUCGAUAAAGCAAAAGAGAGAGAGGAAGAGAGGGAGAGAGGAAAGAAGAGAGGGGGAAGGAGGGGUGGGAAUUACACAAAAGGGAGAACCAAAAAUAAUUUUAAUUCCUAAGUUAAUUUGCUUGCUGAUCUGAGGUUUUAGUCAUCAUGAAGGGUAAAUGGACAAUCUGCCCAGGAUCGCAGCCUGAUACCAUUUUUCAAAGCCAGAACUUACUCCAUUUUCUAUGCAAAUAUCAGAAAAGCGAAACACCCUCUCUUCCAAGUCAGAGAAGGGGAAGCGACGGCUCUCAGGUUGGGACAAUAUUAUCUGGAGGAUGAAGAAGAAACCGAACGCUCUUUUUUUUUCCCCCCUUCCUCCCCACCCCUUUCAAUCGGAGGAAAGAAACCUUAAGAUCUGCAAAGCUAAAACCCAAUCUCAGAUAUACUACUAAUAGGCGCGGCGCUCGGACUAUAAAACACAACAAAUCAUAAACCCGGCGGAGCAGCAGCGGCCGUGCGCGCCUCCCUCCCAAUGAGUUCCUAUUUCGUGAACUCCACCUUCCCCGUCACUCUGGCCAGCGGGCAGGAGUCCUUCCUGGGCCAGCUACCGCUCUACUCGUCGGGCUAUGCGGACCCGCUGAGGCACUACCCUGCGCCCUAUGGGCCCGGGCCCGGCCAGGACAAGGGCUUUGCCGCCUCCUCCUAUUAUCCGCCGGCGGGCGGCGGCUAUGGCCGAGCGGCGCCCUGCGACUAUGGCCCGGCGCCGGCCUUCUACCGCGAGAAGGAGUCGGCCUGCGCUCUCUCGGGCGCCGAUGAGCCGCCCCCCUUCCACCCGGAGCCGCGGAAGUCCGACUGUGCACAGGACAAGAGCGUGUUCGGCGAGCCCGAGGAGCAGAAGUGUUCCACGCCCGUCUACCCCUGGAUGCAGCGGAUGAAUUCGUGCAACAGUUCCUCCUUUGGGCCCAGCGGCCGGCGCGGCCGCCAGACUUACACGCGCUACCAGACCCUGGAGCUGGAGAAGGAGUUUCACUACAACCGCUACCUGACCCGCCGGCGGCGCAUCGAGAUCGCGCACGCCCUGUGCCUGACCGAGCGCCAGAUCAAGAUCUGGUUCCAGAACCGCCGCAUGAAGUGGAAAAAGGAGAGCAAAUUGCUCAGCGCAUCUCAGCUCAGUGCGGAGGAGGAGGAAGAAAAACCAGCGGAGUGAAGGCGCUGGAAAGGGAGGGGGGAAGCGAAAGGAGAGGCCUGUGGGGAGCCGUGGGCAUCGGAGAGCCCUGAGAAGGCUCUGCAGGCGGGGGAGCCCGGGGACCUGCUCUCCAGCACAGACAGGUGGGGCCCAGCGCUCUCCUGGACGCCCCCGCCUGCAGAGCUCUCGCUAGGUGCUUGGGAGGCCGUGCCUCCUGAGCCCACCCAGACCCCUCGCGCCCUCUCUAUCCCCGUGGAACCCGCCUCAGCCCGAUCAGCCCCUCACCCCGUGAGAACUGAGGACCGGACUCACUCGAUGUUUCCUGGAAGCAGAGCAAAAAACACUCCUGUCCGUGUCGCGUCUCAUUUCGUCCAUGUCCCCCGUGCACGGUUCAAUGGUAGCUUCACAGUCCCCUCAGCGGGGGCCUCGAAGACUCCCUGAUCCCAGACCUCUCUCCUACCCCCUCCCCAAAGCCACUGGAAGGAGCACAUACUACCUAGAAGUAAGAAGAGGAGCCUCAGAAGAAAACAAAGUUCUAUUUUAUUAAUUUUCUAUGUGUUGUGUUUGUAGUCUUGUCUUAGCUCGGGACGUGAAAUACUUCGGUAAUAAUAUUAAUAUUAUUAUUAAUGAUGAUAAU